GGUCCGAAGUCUGCGUUCUUGUUUCUUGAUCAGAUUUCUGAUAUCGGAACUCUAUCGUACGACGUGUGGCAUGCAUGCAGUGCCCGUACCGUCCGCUAGGUCCUAAGAUUUCGUUCUUGUUUCGCCCCAAUUCAGAUUCAACCUCACAAAGUGCGAGAUUUCGAAGGUAUCAGUUGCCAACGAAGAUUUUUGAUCAUCAUAAUGUUGUAUGGACAGGUAAGUAUAUACACGAGCGAGAGGAUAUAUAUUGGACCUAAGUAACUGGGAGUUUCGAGACUAAAUAUAUCCACGACCUUCUUUAUCCCUCUCGUUUUCUUUCUUCUUUAGAGGCCAUCGGACACAUUCGCUAUUAGUGACCCAGUGGGCCACGGCGAAAGACAAGCACGGUAGCAUGGACUCUGACACCCUCAAAGAGGAACUUCAGCUAAAAAUUGUCACUUAUGUUACUAUUUCGUUCCUUGCCUUGUUAGUAUAUGACUGGUUCAUAUCCUUGAGUCGAGAGGUUAUUCGUGUAUGGCAAUCAAGAUGGAGCCUAGUAAAAGUGUUGUAUCUCUACACGAGAUAUGCACCAUUUAUAGUGAUGGCUAUAUCAGCCCAGGAGAGGGUUUCUUCCACAUGCAACAAGAUGACCUUUACCACAAUUUUCGCUGGGUUCACCAUCGGGAUCUCUGACCUCAUCUUGAUGCUCAGAACCUAUUCCAUCUAUAACAAAUCUCGCCGCGUUUUAGCUAUCUUUGGGCUGUCAUGGGUGGUCAUUUCUGCUGCAUGUGUCUGGGCUAUAAUCCGCUUUACAGCCUCGAUUCCUGCGAGUGAAGGUACUGGAGGUUCAUCAUCUUGUUUCCUGUCCAGUGAGUCAAAAGUGGUAUUGGUCUGUUAUAUUUCUCUGCUGGCGGGUGAAUGGGUGGUGACAUUGCUCACGAUUUGGAAAACUUUCGAUUUAUACCAUAAAUCCGGAUUUCAUGUCAGUCAAGUUGUUAGUAUGGUGUACUGUGAAGGUCUUUUUUACUACUUAUUGAUCUUGCCAUUCACCAUUGCAAAUGUAGCUGUUCUUCUCAGUGCCACAGCAGGCUUUCUGGCACUGUUGGAUGCUCCGUUGACGGUAAUGCAUUCCAUUCUGUGCUGUAGACUGGUGCUACAUGUUCGGGAUGUGUCUAAACACAGAAUGGAGGAUGAUGAUGAGGAUGAUGAGGAUGAUGUAUUACCUACAUUUAUUAUUGUCACGGUCAUGGAGCCCUACAUGUCGAAACAGCCACAGCAGUAUUACUUGUGAUUACGAUACUAUGUUUUUUUCAUGUUCCCCUUCAGCACUACUAGUACCACAUUGUCAUUGCAUUUGAUUCCGCAUAAAGUACCCUGAGAUUAGUUGGGGGAAAACUCAAAUGCUUAUUCAACCUUUCCCUAAAUAGAUAGAUAGAUACGCAGCUCUCAGUAUUUUAGAAAACCAGCCAGUGAAUCUGCACCAGAUCUGUUCAAGAGUAACGAGCUUCCUGAGUGUCUUCGAAUACAUCUGAUUCUGAUUCUGCUCGAAAUGAACUCUGAUAGACUUUCAGAGUCUCAAACAAGG